GAGACGUGGCCGAGGUGAAGACAGUCUUUCGUGUGGUGUGGAUGGUUUCGCAUACUGUCACCUUUUCGGGUCCUAAUCUUUUUUCGGUCGCCCCGCCUCGCUGCUACGACCAAAACGGCGAAUUUACUGAAGACGGCUGCGCAGAAUAAUUAGCGCCUGUAUUUUUUUUUCUUAUUUCGCUGUCAGUGUGGCGUGCAUUCACCGGAGUCUCAGUGGAAAGGUUACUGUGUUUUCUUUCACGGUCAUUUGGAGUUGGCUGUGCGCUGUACAGGAGUGAAACUUUAGUGACCAGUGAAGACACUUUUAUGACUUGGUUAAGUACCUCGCGGACUUAGAUUCUAUUCAGAAAGCGCCCGAUACGUCAAAAAUAAAAGUGCCUUGACAUUCAACAUAAACAUUGCUUCUAUUGGAUUCAAGUACGUCAGAAGCGUGCAAGGGGAUUAACUUAAUUUUGAUUUGUUUUGAGGAUUUUCCACUCAAGCUGAGGAUUUGUUUCCCCUCGUGCCUUUUGUAGUUUUUUCUUCUAAAAAGACAUCUGUGGAUUAAUUAGUGUUUUUUUUUCGCCCCUCUUUUCGUGGUGGAUAUUUUAAUUUUGUUGUGUGUGUGUGAGCUCAUUGCGUGUGCGUUUCCAUGGCAACCAAAGGCCCCGAGCUCAGCAGCAGCGGCACUUCGUCCACCAUGCUGCCCAUGCUGAGCAGAUCAAGACGACCUUCGGCCAUGAUAGAAGAGCGAGAUGUCAAGCUUUGUAAGGAAAUCAAGUACAACUUGACCCCCAAUCGUCCACGUAUCAGAAGCAGGUCAGUGUCACAGUCUUCAACAGACAGCUACAGUUCGGCUUCCUACACUGGCAGUUCCUCGGAAGAAGAUGACAUUAGUCCCAGAGAAAAAGCACAGAAAAAUUCUCGUGGAUUUUCGGACUUUUGUGUGAAAAACAUCGAACACAAUGCUUUCGGCAGGAGGGAAAUUGAAAUCGCCGAGCAAGAAAUGCCCGGAUUGAUGGCGUUGAGAAGACGUGCUGAGGCUGACAAACCCCUGCAGGGCGCCAAAAUUAUUGGCUGUACACAUAUCACUGCUCAGACUGCGGUUCUUGUUGAAACUCUAGCUGCACUUGGUGCUUCCAUUCGUUGGUCUGCGUGCAACAUUUAUUCCACACAGAAUGAAGUUGCCGCAGCCCUUGCUGAAUCUGGCUUCCCUAUUUAUGCUUGGAAAGGGGAGACAGAGGAGGACUUCUGGUGGUGUAUAGAUAAGUGCAUCAAUGCUGAAGGAUGGCAGCCCAACAUGAUACUUGAUGAUGGAGGUGAUGCGACCCACUGGCUCCUGAAGAAGUAUCCUGCCAUGUUCAACAUGGUGAAGGGGAUUGUAGAGGAGAGUGUGACCGGUGUCCACCGAUUGUACCAGCUCUCAAAGUCUGGGAAACUUACAGUGCCUGCAAUGAAUGUCAACGACUCUGUUACCAAGACCAAAUUUGACAAUCUUUACAGCUGUAGAGAAUCUAUCCUUGAUGCUCUAAAGAGAACAACAGAUGUAAUGUUUGGUGGAAAGCAAGUUUUGAUAUGUGGAUAUGGCGAGGUUGGGAAAGGUUGCAGUCAGGCAUUGAAAGGCCUUGGGGCUAUUGUCAGUGUGACAGAAAUAGAUCCUAUCUGUGCUCUGCAGGCAUGCAUGGAUGGUUUCCGUGUGGUCAAGUUGGAUGAAGUGGUCAGAAACUGUGACGUCUUAAUUACCUGCACUGGCAACAAGAACGUUGUGACUCGAAGUCACUUGGACAGAUUGAAAAAUGGCUGCAUUGUGUGCAACAUGGGUCACUCUAACACAGAGAUAGAUGUGGCUAGUUUAAGAACACCUGAAUUGACCUGGGAGAAAGUCAGAUCACAGGUCGACCACAUCAUCUGGCCAGAUGGCAAGAGGAUUAUCUUGUUGGCUGAGGGUCGCUUGGUGAACUUGAGCUGUUCAUCUGUACCUUCCUUUGUUGUGUCUAUAACAGCUACUACACAGGCAUUGGCUCUGAUUGAACUGUUCAAUGCACCUGCUGGACGUUACAAGCAAGAUGUUUACCUUCUGCCUAAAAAAAUGGAUGAGUAUGUAGCCAGUCUCCACCUGCCCACAUUUGAUGCCCACCUGACAGAGCUAACAGAUGACCAGGCCAAAUAUCUAGGUCUGAAUAAAGCUGGACCAUUCAAACCAAACUAUUACAGAUAUUAAUGCAAGUAUUUAGGUAGAGUUGUAGGUCACCAAGAUGUCAUGCCUUGUUCUCUCCUACCAUUCCAUCUACUUGUCCCAGACAUCUUCAACAUCAUCAAGCAACGUUCAAAACAAACAUGCUGUAGAUGCCAUUCUAAACAAUGUUUAUGUAAGACCUCAUUGUAGAACUUUUACACAUUUUUUUUUUCUUCCAUUUUUCAGAAAAUGUGAAAUCUUUGCAAACUGUUUUAAUGGUAUAGUGUGAUUGACUGAAAAUAUAAUUAUUUUUAUUUUUUAUGUAUUUGUGAUAUAAGUAAUAAAAAUAGUCUUUAGAUUUUGCAUACAAAUAUGAUUGUCAUUGUGUAAGAUAAUGUCAUGUGCUAUGACUUGGCAGACAUUGCCAUGUAGAGAGGGGAGAGGAAUUCAUGAAACUUGUUGGACAAAGCAUUUACAAAUCAACUGUUUAUACAAUUGUUAUAUUUUGUAGUUAUGACUUAUUCUAUUCUGCCCAGAGAAGUGGACAUUGCACAAAGCUGUAAGCAGGGCAGCACACACUGCUUAUGUAGCACUUGUAGAUUUAGUUCCUGGACACGGCUUAGGUUGUAAUCUUUUAUUUCUGAGCGAAAUGGAUUGAAUAAAAUUGACCAUCCCAAGUUUUUCCUUUUUGUUCCACUCUAUCCUUGGAAUGACUGUGAAUGUCCUAGAAUGUGUGACAUGGUAUCCUGAGUAAGGUUGUGCUUAUAAUGAACUUUUUGGGAACAUUUCACCUUUAGUUCAUCCAUGAGUUAGCUUUCUAGAGUUUAAGUUUAAUGGCCAGUCCAGAACAUGUCCCACUACUGUCACCUCUGUUUUGGUUUGCAAGGUAUUCUGAUAUGUUUGACUGGAAAUGUCAAGUUUGUAAUGGAUUUGGUUGUUCUGUAGUUUAAGUAAAUGAAAUGAAGGGAAACACAAAUCAUACAAUCAUGUAUUUAAGUGAACUAGAAAAUAUCUAUAUAUAAUUUCUAUGAGUGUUUGUGCAGUAUUGUGAUGAUGGCCUGCAGAGCACUGCAUGAAUCUAAUUUGUAGUGCUACUCAAUAACAGUUGUGAAUCAUUUUUCUUGCAUCUUAAUGCAUUUUUAAUAUCCAAUGUUAGUUUCUCCUCAGGUAAUAAUUAGGAAUUAAAACUUUUUUUUUUCACUCUUGUGGCCAAAAUGUCCACAAAUUAACUAGAUCUAAUAAAAUUAUUUUUAACUAACUUGGUUCAACGUUUCACCUAAUAACUCACCUUUAAAUGUUUUCACUAGUCUGAAAGCACUAAUAACUCACCUUUAAAUGUUUUCACUAGUCUGAAAGCAAAUGAAAUCCCUGCAGAAAGCAAAGCUGUAAAUAUAUCCUUGACUAAAGUUUCAUUUCUCUGGGCCAUCAUUACAAACAAAGAAUAUGUUUAGUUACAACUGAUAGUCUUAGGAUUAAACUCAAUGUUAUCUUUUUGUAGAUAUUUUAAAGGAUAUUAGCAUACCACAUAGUUUGCAGCACUAUGGUGUAGAAUAAGUAAAAGUUGAAAUUGUUACUACUUUAUUUUUGUAAAACAAAAAAACAAAAAUUGCCAAGUCGUCGUCAGUGUUAUCAAUUCAACUUUUGUCUCAUUGUUUACAUUUACUUUUUGACCUAACCAUGACUUUUGGGACUUUUGAGUUCCUUUCUGUGGCCAUCCAACUGGGCUUGGGGAUAAAUAGAAACAUAGCUCAAUAGGAAAUAAAUAUUUUCAGUUACAACAACUUUGACAAGAUUCCCUGUGUUCAUGUAUUCCAAUGUGUCUGUGUGUGUCUUCUGAUUCUGCCACUCCACUGAUGUCUAUCUUCCUGUCCAUAGAUGACACUUUCAGGUAGUUGCUUUGUUUUCUAGGGCAAGUGUUUCUUAGUUUACCAUCAAUCUAGAUUCCCAAUAGAAAUCUUUUUGUUCUGUUACAGUGUAACCAAGAAAUAUUCUUUUUUAGAUUAAUGCCUUUGUUAACCAUUUUUUUUUGUUUUGCUAUUCAAGAGUUUAUAUGUACUGUAUAAUUUGUUGAAGCUGUGUGAGGAAGGAGGGUGUCAAUUCAUCUUGACUGAGUCUUGGCACACUAUCCAUCAUAGUCUAUUUUUUUUUUAUGUUUAUUCUCUCUUUCAUUGUAACAAAGAAAUUAUUUAUAUACAAUGUAUUUUGUGACCUAUCCUGAAUUGGAAGAGUUCCACUAGAAACCAGAACCUUUGAGAUAUUUAAACUUAUACAGCAAACUGUGUUCCUUUUGAUGUCAGUUCUUUUGGUUGGACUGAAACUUUGGAUGUAAAUAUUUGGACGAAAAUCAUUUGUAUGCUUCUAAUGUACAGAAAAAGUCAAACUUUACAUUUAUCUUGAAACACACACAAAAAAAAAACUUACCCUUAAAAUAAGUUCAGUGGUUGUCAUUCUUUACAAUGUGUUAAAGGGAGAUUAUGAUUGUCAGAGAAUUAGAACUAAAAGUCACAAGUUGUAUUCUUCCAUUGCUCUAUCAACAAUGGCACAGUUAUAAAGAGCAAUCUGAAGUUGUUGUUUUUCACUCAUUGUGUCCUUUGUUUGGCUGAAAAUGAAAUCUAUAUUGAAGAGAGAUAUAUCCUUUGUCUGGUGCAUGUUUAAAUAGAAACUAUUGCAUUUAUUUAUUUCCAUGAACUAGGAUGCUGUGGCCUCAAGACAUAGCCACCACUUUAUUCUUAGACACACAUCCUAACAUUAAGUAUGACUGAGAUCAAUCAUAAGUCAUCUGCUACACUCUCUGCCAAUGUGAUGCAUUAAACAUAUCACAACAUUGAUGUAGCCUGUCUUGAAAAGAUGGAGUGGUGGUGUUGUGUGUGAUCCCAGCUAGCAACAAGUUCUCUUGAGGUGAACUUUGUUUAGGUUUGCACUGUGACUAGAUGAGAAUGUGAGGGGGGGGGGUCGGAUCUGAGGUCAUUAGAACUUUUUUUCUUUCAUGUCAAACUUUAAUAAAGUACAUUAGAAAUCAUA